AUGGGCCACCUGCCUCAGAGCCCAGUACCGAGAGAGAGAGAGAGCAGGAUGAACAUAGAUGAUUAUGAGAACAUUAGCCUAGGGAAGCCAUCACCCUGGCCACUUGGACAGUUCCUCAGGAUUGAGCCACAUUCCACCCAGAGGACUCCGAGGAUGGCCCAAGUAGCCCUGGUACUCCUGACUCUGGCCUUGCUGGCCUCCCUCACCGCUAUCAUCAUUUUGUAUUUCCAGAUAGAGACUUGCAUUGGAAGUGAGGAAGUCCAGCAGAAGGCUUGCCUGGACAAUAUUACCACCUUGACUUCAGAGAUGCAGAUGUUAAGUCAUGGGGAAAACCCGAGGCUUCAGACGUUAGAGACCAAGAAGCCCAGGAGUGGCUUGGAAGAUGUCACAGCGUCCAGUGCCAUCAUGGAAAGGUUAAAAGGUCACUUGGAGACCAUUACCAUCCUCCCUGUCAGCAUCCAUCAGGUGCAGAUGGGGCCCUCUGGAGUGGACCCUGAGACAACGGAAAGUCCUGUGGAGAAGGUCCUAAAGUUUGGGAAGUUUACUGAACCACCUGGAGGUCCUACAGGGGAGGCCCUGGAGAUUGGAGGGGUCACCGAGACACCUGGAGUCCACGUGGAGAAGGUUUCAGCAACGGUUGAAAUUCAGACAGACUUGAAAAUGUUAAAAGACCUUCUGGAGGCUGUUAAUGCCUCCUACUUUGCAGUGAGAGAAGAGUAUAGGACCAUCCUUACCCUCCUUUCCAAAGGUGGGAAGUUCUACAAUGGAAACCUUUACUAUUUUUCCCAAAAGAAAACAUCCUGGUAUGAGGCUGAAAAGUUCUGUGAAUCAUGGGGGUCCCAUCUAACAUCUGUGGCCUCGGUGGAAGAACAGGAGUUCCUUAUUAAGAGAGCCAAGGGUAUCUCCUACUGGAUUGGCCUGACCAAGCAGGGUACUGAGGGCAGCUGGCACUGGGUUGAUGGGACUCCCUACAGUGAGACCAGCAGCAGAAGGUUCUGGAUAGAAGGUCAGUCACAACCCCAGAAGGUGAGAGACAGGUGUGUGGAGAUACAGGUCAAAGCCCUGAGCUCAUGGAAUGACAGAGACUGUCAAGAUCCUCUCCAGGGGCUCUGUAAAAAAGCACUCAGGAGGUUUGAGGACCUGCUGUAGACUGAAGAACAGAACUUGAUGGGGAUGUUAGUGGCCCAUCCUCAGAAGAGAGAAUGACAAAAUGGGCCACGCCUCUCCCCAUCUCUGAAGAAACCAAGACAUGGACAGCCAGAAGGCCAGGUUCAUUGUCCCUUCUGACUGGGCAGGGCACUUUUAUGUGGUCAGUUCCUGAGGACACAACAUCUGAUUUAUUCACAGUUCUUUGAUGGUCUCUAUUUUCCCCCCUGAGGCAAACUGUUAAAAAAGGGGUGAUUGAGAAGGUCUGAAAAUGCCCCUGCUUGGAGCUUGGCCCUGAGGAGAAUAAGCGGUGACCUCUGAUUUCUGCUGAGUCUUUCAGAAGCUUGUAGGGAAUAAGGUGGGAAUGGGUUUGUAUUUAUGUGAAAAGGGAAAAAUGGGGGAAUUAUUUAAUUCCAUUUUACUCUGUGGUAACCCAGACAAAGAAUAUAUUUAGAGACUAUUUAGGGGAAGAUAUACAUUUGAAGCAGGACUUACCUUCAUGGAGCUUCCAAUACAAUAAGGAGAUGAUAAUAAUGAUGAUAGCUGUAGUAAUCGUAAUAAAAAUAGCUAAAUAUCACUUACUAUGUGCCAGGCACUGUGCUAAGUGCUUUCCAAUUAUCAUCUCAUUUGAUCCUCACAGCAACCUUUGAGGGAGGUGCCACUGUUAUUCCCACUUUACAGAUGAGGAACUGAGGCAAAUAGAGGUUCAGUGACUUGGCCUGGGCCACACAGCUAGUAAGCUCUAGAGGCAGCAAACACAGGUAAUCAGAAAGGACAAUUUUACCUGGAAAAUGCAUUAUAUUGGGGGCAAAACAAAGUUGUGUGAGGUUCUAAGGGUUGUUGUUGUUUGUUCUUCAUUCUUGAA